AAAAUGAGUUUCUCAAAUAUCUGGUAUUCUCAUCCUCGUAAAUAUGGACAAAGAUCCAAAUCGUGUCGGGCUUAUUCCAACAGACAUGGGGUUAUCAGAAAAUACGGCUUAAACUUAUGCAGACAAUGUUUUAGGGAAUACGCCAACGACAUAGGAUUUAAAAAGCUGGAUUAAGUUAUUAAAUAUGUAUUUAUAAGAUCUAUUUUGUUUGUUAUUCCAAAUAAAACAAAUUUAGAAGUAUAACA